ACUUUGGGGCGUUGAGUUAGUAACUGAGUAAGGAAGCCGUUUACAGCUGAGAUCCAGAGUCAGUUUUGCCGUUGCGCAGCGUUUGUAGAUGUGGAUGACUCUCCGCUGGAUAUGCCUGCUCACCCUGGCUGUGGUGAUGCCUUUCUCUCCAUCAGAAGCGGAUGCAUUUAUACAGUCUAGUAGUUGCUGUUACAGAGGUCACCGUAAGACAGAUGAGCCAAUCACACUGUGUUAUGAACAGCGAUCAGGAUGGGGCUGCCACAGCAACGCCUACCUGGUUAAAACUGUGUCGGGUAAAUGGAUCUGUAUCAAACCAAAGUCCCCCUGGAUAAAAGAGAAGAAAAAGAUGGGAUUGCCCUGUCCUCUGCCAGUUUUCAUUAAUAAACGCAGAUUUGAAGUCCUGGAUGAAGAUGCUGCAGCAUAAGUAAAACAUCAAGACAAAGGAGCUAUAUGGAACAUUUUAUAUGUCAUAUGAAAAUACUGUAUCAAUUUAAAAAAGCUGUAACAUUAUACAGUUGUGUUUUUGGCAUUUAACCUGGAACAAAGAAUAAAUUAUG